UCUUCUAUGCUUUUGAUGUCAUCCUUAUUGUCUGGGAAGAUAAAAGUGAAUUCUGUAUUUGAUACUGUGUGGAAGAAGAGGUGCAUUGGUUUUGAGUAAUAAGUGAAACGACGAAGGAAAGAACAAUGGAUUUGAGAUCUUGUUUUCCUUCAUGGUCUUCAAGCAUUUUUGUGCAUGACUGGAAACUUUGGUACCUGAAAAGUAAAUUAAAACGAUGUAAUUUUAGUUAUGCAGUUCAGUUAUGAUGUAGUUCAGUCACGUGAAAACCACUAUGAAUCUGACCCCAGAUCAGCCACCAACCCAUCUCUAUGACUUUCCAAGGGCACUGGACCUUCAGCGUGAACCUCAAAACAAGAGCAGGUCGGCUCCAGCCAGCUUCUUCAACAGCACCUUCUUCUUCCAGGAUAAUGCGGCUUUAGAAUGGCAGCUGUUCCUCACCAUCCAAGAACCUGGCACCAUUAUCUUGACUGUCCUGUACUCUAUUUCCUUCCUUGUGGGGUUUUUUGGGAAUGUCAUGUCCCUCAAAGUCCUACUGGGCCAGCAUGGAAGCAUGCGACUGUCAGGUGCGAGCGCCACCCGUUGCCUGCUAAUAAACUUAGCGGUGUGUGACCUGGCAGUGGUUUGUGUUUGCAUGCCCGUCACCCUGGGUCACCGCAUCUAUACACCAUGGGUGUACGGGGACUUCUUGUGCCGCGCGGUGCCCUUCACGCAAGCGGUGUCAGUUUCCGCCAGCGUCCUGAGCAUCACGGUCAUCAGCAUCAGCCGCUACUAUGCGGUUCACUCGCCGCUACAGUCCCGUGCCAACUUUACUCGUCGACGCAUCCUUGCCUCUGUCACAAUCGUGUGGCUUGUCUCCUCGGUGAUCUGCAUGCCAGUCGCCAUAGUAACCAGGCGUGAUGAAAUAGCUUUGAUCGAAGGGCUGGCCAUCGUGCUGCCUGUCUGUGGAGAGGUGUGGCCUCAGCCGCGCUUGCGACAGGCAUACAACGUCCUGCUGUUCAGUGCCCUCUACUGCCUACCUGUUGGGUUUAAUCUCACUCUAGCUUUCCUCACAUGUCGCCGGCUGCGUAGCAAUGGUUCUGAGGGUCGGUUCACAGAGUUGGAUCCCCGUUCCCAGGCACUUCAUGAAACAAGGCUGCAGGGGCGCAGGCAAAUCGCACGAAUGGUCGCAGCUUUGGUGCUGCUCUUUGCUCUGUCAUGGUUGCCAAUGUAUGUGACUGAUAUUUGGCUGGACCGUGAGUUACGCCAUCCACCGGACUGGCUCCUACAAACCAGACCCUUUGCACAAUGGUUGGGUCUCACCAACUCUUCUCUCAACCCUUUUUGCUACUGCUUCAUUGGUGACCUCCACCGCUCAGCCAAGGCUUUGCGUUUGCGCCUCUGCGGCCCAUCCCCGGCCUCGGCGCUGGCUCUGGCCUCCCUCCCAAAAAUAUUCAACCUGCAGAAUCAAGACAAAUCUCAUGGGAGCGCCACCGAAAACUCAACCAACUCUUGCGGGGAGGACAGUGGGAACCUGAAUCUGUCGAUGUGGUGGACUCAAACUCGCACGUGUGAGUCAAUGAGCUUGCCUUACCACUUAGGAAUGACUGAGGUGAUUACACUGGAUACAUAG